AUGAGACUCAAUGUGCCGUCACUCACACUCAUUCUGAGCUUCUUGCCAUCACUCGUUCAGGCUGCUGCCUACGACCGGCACAAUGGAAGAAUUUUCGGGCGCCAGAAUGCUGCGGAGCCCCCCCGCCAGAACAUCGCCGAGGGCUUCAUGAACAUGUUCAAUCGCGUGGCCGGCGCCGGUGGACUGACGGUUACCGAAACAAUACGGCAGACCAUCACCGUGGGGGCUGCCGGCGCGGUUGGAGCGGGUGCGAAUGCCACGGCAGUAACAGUCACCGUCACGGCUGCCGCGUCCACUGUUACGGUUUGCCCAGGCCAGGCCCAGGGAGCUGUUGACGGAGUCCAAACCGGUGACGCGGCAUCAACUGCACUCGGCGGAGCGCCAAGCUCUGCUUUGGCGCCUCCGGCUGCCGUUCCCACAGUUGUUGCCAGCGGAGGAGUGGGCGUCUCGACUAUCCCGGUCCCAGAAGGGGCUCGUAAAACAAGUGCGGUGCAAAAUCAACCGACUACCGCAUCGUCGGCCGUUGUCUCGCAGUCACCUGUUUCUUCUUCUCUAGCACCGCCGCCAGCAGAGUCCACGGGGGCAACCGAUCCAGCGCUAGCCCAACCUUCGGGACUCUCCUCUACCGCCUCGGAUACCUCUCUCGCGCCGCUUCCAACCCUCCAGACGCCCCCCGGCGUCUCUGAUGCUGUCUCAUCGGCUACCUCUCCUCUCCAAACGCCCCCGGGGGUCUCUGACACUGCUUCCUCGGCAACGGCAACGGCAACCUCUCUCCAGACGCUUCCCGGACUUGCCGAUUCGACUUCUCUGCCCGUUGUCGGUGCGCCCAUCACCGACGUCUCUUCGGCCGUCUCCACUUCGGCUGCUGCCACCGCCACCGCCACCGCGGUCACGUCCCUUGCUCCUCUUCCAGUCCUUGCCAGCUCGCUUGCGAGCACGCUCGAUCUGGGCAGUACUGGUGGAGCCACGGCGGUCCCGGCCAGUAUUUUGAACCCUGCUCCUGCAGGCGCUUUCGGCGGCAGCGCCGGCGUCAUCCCGGUGGCGUCCGCCGUGGCGCCCCCUGCUGUGACGCCUACCCCGGCGGUGGUCAACAAUGCCGGCGUUGGUAUCAGCAUCGAUACCUCGGGUCUGACUCUUUCAAGUCAGCUGAACCUCGGGAAUCUGGCUCAGCCAACUCCUGCUGCUGCUGGCAGGGCGUAA